AUGGUCCUUUUGCUGUUCCUUGCAAUCCUGCUGUUGAAGGAAGAUGUCUGCGGGAACUUUGGGCUUUUGGUUUCAGCACAGGCAAAUGAGCGAAGAGUGGUUGCACACAUGCCUGGUGAUAUUAUCAUUGGAGCUCUAUUCUCUGUCCAUCACCAACCAACUGUUGACAAAGUCCAUGAGAGGAAAUGUGGAGAGGUAAGAGAGCAGUAUGGUAUUCAGAGAGUGGAGGCAAUGCUACAUACCCUUGACAGAAUUAAUUUGGACCCCACACUGUUGCCAAAUAUAACAUUAGGAUGUGAAAUAAGGGACUCCUGCUGGCAUUCUGCUGUGGCUCUUGAGCAGAGCAUUGAGUUUAUAAGGGACUCUCUUAUUUCUUCGGAAGAAGAGGAAGGGAUGGUGCGAUGUGUGGAUGGAUCAUCAUCGUCUUUCCGCUCCAAGAAACCCAUUGUUGGUGUCAUUGGGCCUGGCUCCAGCUCUGUUGCUAUCCAGGUCCAGAACUUGUUGCAGCUUUUCAAUAUACCUCAGAUUGCUUAUUCUGCCACAAGCAUGGACCUAAGCGACAAAACUCUGUUCAAGUAUUUUAUGAGAGUGGUGCCAUCUGACGCACAGCAAGCAAAGGCGAUGGUGGACAUCGUCAAACGCUAUAACUGGACCUAUGUUUCCGCUGUACAUACCGAAGGAAACUAUGGUGAAAGUGGGAUGGAAGCUUUCAAAGAUAUGGCAGCCAAGGAAGGGAUCUGCAUUGCACACUCCUACAAGAUCUACAGCAAUGCUGGCGAGCAGAGCUUUGACAAGCUGCUGCGAAAGCUUCGGAGCCACCUGCCCAAGGCAAGAGUGGUUGCCUGCUUCUGUGAAGGCAUGACUGUGAGAGGCCUCUUGAUGGCCAUGAGGCGCCUGGGACUAGCUGGAGAGUUUUUGCUGCUAGGCAGUGACGGCUGGGCAGACAGGUACGAUGUGACAGAAGGGUACCAGAACGAAGCUGUUGGUGGGAUCACGAUCAAGCUGCAGUCCCCAGACGUGAAAUGGUUUGAUGAUUACUACCUACAGCUCCGGCCAGAAACAAAUCAUCGGAAUCCAUGGUUUCAGGAAUUUUGGCAGCACAGAUUCCAGUGCCGGUUGGAAGGGUUUCCCCAAGAGAACCCUAAAUACAACAAGACCUGCACAAGCCAGAUGACUCUGAGGACACAGCAUGUUCAGGACUCCAAGAUGGGUUUUGUAAUCAAUGCAAUAUACUCCAUGGCCUAUGGGCUCCACAACAUGCAGCUGUCCUUGUGCCCAGGCUACGUGGGCCUCUGUGAUGCCAUGAAGCCCAUAGAUGGUCGGAAACUCCUGGAAUCCCUCAUGAAGACUAACUUUACUGGGGUCUCUGGGGACAUGAUCUUAUUUGAUGAGAAUGGUGACUCACCAGGAAGAUAUGAAAUCAUGAAUUUUAAACAAAUGGGGAAGGACUACUUUGAUUAUAUCAAUGUUGGCAGCUGGGACAAUGGUGAGCUGAAAAUGGACGAUGAUGAAAUAUGGUCAGAGAGAAGUAAUAUCAUCAGAUCUGUGUGCAGUGAACCCUGUGAAAAAGGCCAGAUAAAGGUGAUCCGUAAAGGAGAAGUGAGUUGCUGUUGGACCUGCACUCCAUGUAAAGAAAAUGAAUAUGUCUCUGAUGAAUACACAUGCAAAGCCUGCCAGCUUGGCUCCUGGCCCAACGAGGACCUCACAGGUUGUGACCUCAUCCCAGUCCAGUAUCUCAGAUGGGGCGAUCCUGAACCAAUUGCAGCUGUUGUUUUUGCAUGCCUGGGUCUGUUGGCCACACUGUUUGUUACAAUUGUGUUCAUAAUGUACCGUGAUACUCCAGUGGUCAAAUCAUCCAGCCGAGAACUUUGCUACAUCAUUCUGGCCGGCAUCUGCUUGGGUUACUUGUGCACUUUCUGUCUGAUUGCAAAACCUCAACAGAUUUACUGUUACCUUCAGCGUAUUGGCAUCGGCCUAUCGCCAGCUAUGAGUUAUUCUGCUCUAGUAACUAAAACCAACCGCAUUGCAAGAAUCCUGGCUGGAAGCAAGAAGAAAAUCUGUACAAAGAAACCUAGGUUCAUGAGUGCCUGCGCCCAGCUGGUUAUUGCAUUUAUCUUGAUAUGUAUACAAUUAGGCAUCAUCGUUGCCCUCUUUAUAAUGGAGCCACCAGAUAUAAUGCAUGAUUACCCAAGCAUCCGAGAGGUCUACCUGAUUUGUAACACCACCAACUUGGGUGUUGUGACUCCCCUUGGAUAUAAUGGGUUAUUAAUUUUGAGCUGCACCUUUUACGCAUUUAAGACAAGAAAUGUCCCAGCUAAUUUCAACGAAGCAAAAUAUAUUGCCUUCACCAUGUACACCACCUGCAUCAUUUGGCUGGCUUUUGUGCCAAUAUAUUUUGGAAGCAACUACAAGAUAAUCACCAUGUGUUUCUCAGUGAGUCUGAGUGCCACGGUGGCCCUUGGCUGUAUGUUUGUGCCCAAGGUCUACAUCAUCCUCGCUAAGCCAGAGAGGAAUGUGCGCAGUGCGUUCACCACAUCGACGGUAGUCCGCAUGCAUGUAGGAGAUGGAAAGUCAUCUUCAGCUGCCAGCCGCUCCAGCAGCCUGGUGAACCUGUGGAAAAGAAGGGGAUCAUCUGGUGAAACACUUAGGUACAAAGGCAGGAGACUGGCCCCCCCGCACAAGUCGGAAAUAGAGUGUUUCACCCCAAAAGGGAGUAUGGGGAAUGGUGGGCGAGCUACAAUGACCAGUGAAGAAUCUGUUUGCAUUCCAGACUGUAAUCGAUCUGAGUCAAGUAGAGAGGAGAAAAAGGUUCCUGUUAAAGAGGAUGCCCUGACAGUCAAAAAGACUGGAAACUGUGUCAGUCUAAUAGUUCCACAGCAAGACUGUCAGCUGCAAGACCUACUCAAACACUCAAACGGAAAAUCAGUUUCCUGGGCCCAGAAUGAGAAAAGCAGCCGAGGAGCACACCUUUGGCAGCGGUUGUCAGUCCACAUCAACAAAAAAGAGAACCCCAACCAAACUGCGGUGAUCAAGCCUUUUUCUAAAAGCACAGAUAGUAGCCGACACAGUAGCAGCGCUACAUUUCCCGAGGCUAGUGCCAAAACGCUUUAUGACGUUUCGGAAGCUGAAGAGCAAUACCCAGCUCAGUACCGACCACAGACUCCCUCGCCAAUCAGUACUUUGAGCCACAGAACUGCCUCUGUCAGCCGAACAGAAGAUGAAGCCCCUACCUUGCAGUCAGAACCUCCUCAGCGAAGUAGCUCCUCUCAAGGCUCCCUCAUGGAGCAGAUCAGUAGUGUUGUUACUCGCUUCACAGCCAAUAUCAGUGAGCUGAACUCUAUGAUGCUUUCGACAUCUACUCCAGGGACAAUGGGGGCUGCUCCUCUCUGCUCUUCAUACCUGAUUCCACGGGAAAUCCAGCUCCCUACAACAAUGACCACGCUUGCAGAGAUCCAACCGCUUCCUGCCAUUGAAGUCAAUGGCACUUCACAGUCUGCUAGGAAACCUUCAAAUGACAGCAUUAAAGAAGGCACUUCAGAGACCCCAACAGCCAAGCAAGAUCUGGAGGAGCUGGUAGCUUUAACUCCUCCUUCUCCUUUUAGAGACUCCAUCGAUUCUGGAAGUGCAUCUCCCAGCUCCCCAGCUUCUGAAUCAGCUCUCUGUAUCCCGUCCUCUCCCAAAUACGACACACUCCUCAUCAGAGAUUAUACUCAAAGUUCUUCUUCGCUGUGA